AACCGUCCCUCGCCUUGCCACACUCCAGCCUGUCUUCCCAGCGGCACGUGUAGUAAUGGGGCAGGAAUUCAACGUGGUACGGUGUUUUUCCUGCUGUGUUUUUCAAUCCCACCAAGUUCGCAAGGAUAAGAAGUUUGUGUGUAAGAUGUGCGGGGAGAGGCAGUCGGUGAGGAAGGAGUACGGCCGGGGGUCUGGGAAGGACUGCCGGGUGCACGUACAGAAACUUAACACCCUGAGGAGGAGCAUGGAGGAGGGGCGUGAGGCUGAGCUGGAGGCGCGGCUGGAGGAAGGCUAUGCGGCGGCGCUGGAGGGGCAGGAGGAGGAGGAGGAGGGCUUUCCACCACACACGGGUUGGCAGGAAGCUAGUGAAGGAGGCCAUGGAGGAUCUGGAGGGAGUGUUGGGGGUGCCAGUCAGGUUAGCAAGUGGGCCAAGUACCUCAGCUCAGACUCAGAAGAGGAGGAGGAGGAGGGAAAGGACCUGAGGCACACCAGGGCACCAGCAACAGAAAGGAGGCAUUACUAAUUGUUCUUUUUCAUGGUUCUUGUGGUAAUAUAAGGAUUCUGGUGAAGUUAAUAGGGUUUUCAAAGGUGUUUCCAUGGAAGUUGGGGUUCAUGCUGUUCUGUAUAGGAUUCUGUUGAAGUUAUUAGGGUUUUUAAGGGUGUUUUCAUGUUUGCAGUGGGAUUUGAGCUGUGCCAAGAUUCUGGUGAAGUUGAUAGGGUUUCUAAGGGUGUUUCCAUGGAAGUUAGGGUUUGUGCUGUACAUACUUAGAUUCUGGUGAAGUUAUUGGGGUUUUUCAAGGGUGUUUUCAUGGAAGUUGGGGUUUGUGUUGUACAUACUUAGAUUCUGGUGAAGUUAUUGGGGUUUUCAUGGGAGUUGGUGAUUGUGUUGUAUGUACUAAGAUUCUGGUGAAGUUAUUGGGGUUUUUCAAGGGUGUUUUCAUGAUUGCAGUGGGGUGUGCUAGAAUUCUGUAGAAGUUAUUGGGGUUUUUCAAGAGUGUUUUCAUGUUUGCAGUGGGGUUUGAGCUGUACUUACUAGGAUUCUAUUGAAGUUAUUAGGGUUUUCAAGGGUGUUUUCAGUGGGGAAUUGUGCUGGACUAGGAUUGUGUUGAAGUUAUUAGGGUAUUCAAGGGUGUUUUCAUGUUUUCAGUGGGGUUUGAGCUGUACUGGUAUUCUAUUGAAGUUGUUAGGGUUUUUAAGAGUGUUUUCAUGUUUGCAGUGGGCUGUGCUAGAAUUCUGUUGAAGUUAUUAGGGUUUUCAAGAGUGUUUUCAUGUUUGCACUGGGGUUUGAGCUGCACUAGGCUCUGUUGAAGUUGUUAGGGUUUUCAAGGGUGUGUUUGGUGGUUAUGUGACAAUUGUAACCUUUUGACACACUGCACAUGAAAUUAUUACUGUUUUCAUGGAUCCUUUUCAUCAUUUUCUUUUAUCUAUAACCUUUUUUUUACUAGUAUCUGUGCAGUAUUAUUCCCGACAAUCUCUCAAUAUGUACAGUUUUAUUCUCUUUUUAGUCAGUGAAAUAAAAAGCAUUCCAUUUCA